GGAAAACACACCCCUCGUCCACGCACGGGCCGGGCCUGUCGUGCUCCGGGAUGCGACCCGGGGGCCCGGCUCGGUGACGCCGCCGGUGAGGACCCUGCGCCCCUGGCAGCCGUGCGCCGGUGCCGGGCGAGGGUGCUGCGGGGAGGACCGGGACGCACGGCCCGCGCGCGGGACGCGGCCAUGGAGGAAGACGCGGGAGCUGCUGGCCCGGCGCCGGAGCCCGAGUCCGAGCCGGAAGCCGGCACGUCGGACGCCUUCUCCCGACUCUGGACCGACGUGAUGGGCAUCUUGGACGGGUCCCUGGGGAACAUCGAUGACCUGGCACAGCAGUAUGCGGAUUAUUACAACACCUGCUUCUCGGACGUGUGUGAGAGGAUGGAGGAGCUGCGGAAGCGGCGCGUGUCGCAGGACCUGGAUGUGGAGAAACCCGACGCCCAUCCCACGUCACUUCAGCUGCGGUCCCAGAUCGAAGAGUCUCUUGGCUUCUGCAGCGCCGGCUCCACACCUGAAGUGGAAAGAAAGCAUCCUCUCCAUAAGUCAAUCUCAGAAGACGGCUCUGUAGGAAAAGCAGAUUGGAAGAAGAAAAAUAAGUAUUUCUGGCAGAACUUCCGAAAGAACCAAAAAGGGAUAAUGAGACAGACUUCAAAAGGGGAAGACGUGGGUUACGUGGCGAGCGAGAUAACCAUGAGCGAUGAGGAGCGCAUUCAGCUGAUGAUGAUGGUCAAGGAGAAGAUGAUCACCAUCGAGGAGGCCCUCGCCAGGCUCAAGGAGUAUGAGGCCCAGCACCGGCAGUCAGCUGCCUUGGAGCCCGCCGACUGGCCAGAUGGUUCCUACCCAACACUCGAUGGUUCCUCCACAUGCAAUUCAAGAGAACAAUCGGAUGAUGAGACGGAAGAGUCGGUGAAAUUUAAGAGGUUACACAAGCUGGUGAACUCCACUCGCAGAGUCAGAAAGAAACUCAUUAGGGUGGAGGAAAUGAAAAAGCCCAGCACUGAAGGUGGGGACGAGCACGGGUUUGAGAACUCCCCGGUCCUCGAUGAGCGAUCCGCCCUUUACUCUGGAGUACACAAGAAACCCCUUUUCUUCGAUGGCUCUCCAGAGAAGCCUCCGGAGGAGGACGCGGACUCCCUCACCACGUCUCCGUCCCCCAGCAGCCUGGAGAGUAGCUGGGGAGCCGGUCGCAAGUUGGUCAAGACCUUCAGCAAAGGCGAGAGCCGGGGGCUGAUCAAGCCCCCCAAGAAGAUGGGGACCUUCUUCUCCUACCCGGAGGAAGAGAAGCCCCAGAAGGUGUCGCGCUCGCUGACGGACGGGGAGAUGAAGAAGGGACUGGGCUCGCUGAGCCACGGGAGAACCUGCAGUUUCGGAGGAUUUGACCUGACGAACCGUUCCCUGCACGUUGGCACGAAUAACUCCGAUCCGGUGGGGAAAGAAGGCGAUUUUGUGUACAAAGAAGUAAUCAAGUCACCGACUGCCUCCCGCAUUUCUCUUGGGAAAAAAGUGAAAUCGGUGAAAGAGACGAUGAGGAAGAGAAUGUCCAAAAAAUACAGCAACAGUGCUGUCUCUGAGCAGGACUCCGGCCUAGAUGGGAUGCCUGUAUCCCCUGCCACAGCAAAGCCAGACUCAGAACAUGUGGACAAGCCCAAGCUCAAAGCUGGAGGAUCUGUAGAAAGCCUUCGGAGCUCCUUGAGUGGGCAGAGCUCCAUGAGUGGUCAGACAGUGAGCACCACCGAUUCCUCCACCAGCAACAGAGAGAGCGUCAAGUCGGAGGAUGGCGACGACGAGGAGCUGCCCUACCGAGGCCCCUUCUGUGGGCGAGCCCGGGUGCACACGGACUUCACCCCUAGUCCCUAUGACACAGACUCGCUCAAGCUCAAGAAAGGAGACAUCAUUGACAUAAUCAGCAAGCCGCCCAUGGGAACCUGGAUGGGCCUGUUGAACAACAAAGUGGGCACGUUCAAGUUCAUCUACGUGGACGUGCUCAACGAGGAAGAGGAGAAACCCAAACGCCCCACGCGGAGGAGGAGGAAAGGAAAGCCACCCCAACCCAAGUCCGUGGAAGAUCUCCUGGAUCGCAUUAAUCUGAAAGAACACAUGCCCACUUUCCUGUUCAAUGGAUAUGAGGACCUAGAUACCUUCAAGCUUCUGGAGGAGGAAGACUUGGAUGAGUUAAAUAUCAGGGACCCAGAACACAGAGCUGUUCUCUUGACGGCGGUGGAGCUAUUACAGGAAUAUGACAGUAACAGUGACCAUUCCGGGUCCCAAGAAAAGCUGCUCGUGGAUAGCCAGGGCCUGAGUGGAUGCUCCCCGAGAGACUCCGGAUGCUACGAAGGCAGCGAGAACCUGGACAAUGGCAAGACCCCGAAAACUGGUCUCUCGUCAGCCAAGUCAUCCACCGAGUCCAGCUUGAAGCCUUUCAGCCGUAGUCAGCUGGGCAACUACCCGACAUUGCCUUUAACCAAGUCAGCGGAGGCGCAGCAGCAGGGAGAGGACAGCAGGGGGCGCUGCGGUCCCAGCCCAGAUACUGCCAAGCACUGCGAUGCUUCCUGUGCCACCGGCUCCAGUAAAAACCGAAGAAGCCUCCCCGUCUCCAUCUGUCGGAGCUGUGAGACCCUGGAGGGUCCCCAGUCCGCGGACGCUUGGCCCCGAUCCCAUUCCCUGGAUGACCUUCAAGGAGAGCCUGAUGAUGGACAAGUUGUGCCUACCGAGGUGCCGGAACCCUCCUCUCAGAUUGUACCCGAAGUGCCACAAAAGACAGCUGCGUCCCUUGCAAAGCCUCAGCCCCCGGGGCGCGAUCCUGCUGCCAGCAAGGCGUUGCUACUGACCCAAAGCAAGGGGCUUUCUGAUCCCCAGAAAACGACUCCUAAGAGACUCGAUGGCUCCCUGGCGGCCACUUCCCCCGGCCCGUCGCCUCCUUCACCACCACAGGGUCGGCCCAGAAAGGAGGCUCAGCCUCCUGCAGUUAAACCCAGUUUAACAAGGACGUCUGUGGAGGGCCACCGGAAAGGACACGACUUAGAAGGGACACGCCACCCCUCAGGCACCAAAGAAGGGGUAGAGGCGGAGCAGAGGGUUCCUGAGGCAAGGACACAGCCCAGACAUCCUUCCCAGCCCCCGCCUGUCCCUGCCAAAAAGAACCGAGAGCGCCUGGGCAAUGGCUUCCACCCGGCUCCCCCAGGCCCGGACGCCCCCUGCCUGCCCACGAAGAAGGCCAGCCCGGCCAGCCCCGCCGACUGCCCCCUGGCAUCCAGGCUGCCCCUGCCCCCCGGUCAGGAGCCUGGCAGCCCGCCCAGCCCCAGACCACCCCCCUGGCUCUCGGAGCUCCCCGAGAGCGCCAGCCUGCAGGAGCACGGCGUGAGGCUGGGCCCUGCCCUGAGCAGGAAGGUGUCCUGCGCCCGGGCCGUGGACCUGGAGACGCUCACGGAGAACAAGCUGCAGGCCGAGGGGAUCGAUCUGACCGAGGAGCCCUACUCGGACAAGCACGGCCGCUGCGGGAUUCCCGAAGCCCUGGUGCAGAGAUACGCAGAAGACUUAGAUCAGCCUGAGAGGGACAUCGCUACCAACAUGGACCAGAUCCGGGUGAAGCUGUUACGCAGGCAGCACCGCAUGGCGAUCCCAAGCGGCGGGCUCACAGAAAUCUGCAAGAAGCCCCUGUCCCCGGGCUGCAUCGCCUCGGUGUCGGAUUGGCUCGUGUCCAUCGGCCUGCCCAUGUACGCCAGCACGCUUUCCGAUGCGGGGCUCAGCACGCUGAGCCAGGUGCCCUCCCUGUCCCGCACCUGCCUUCAGGAGGCGGGCAUCACCGAGGAGCGCCACGUGAGGAAGCUCAUCUCCGCAGCCCGGCUCUUCAAACUGCCACCCAGCCCAGAGGCCGUGUAGCCCGCGCCUCGGCGCACCUCCCUGGACGAGAGCCAGCCCUCCACCGUGCUUGCCACGCUCACGCCAUUCCUCCAUCUCUGGCCGGCUGACCGGAUGCAGAAGAAAGGCCCUGCGUGGGGCCCACAGAAUGACACAUGUGGACACAGGACUGAGGCCGCCCCCCUUUUCCUCCAGGAAAAGCCCCCCCCUCAAAGAAAUUGGUGGGGUUCUCAAUGACUGCCCUCCCCCCUCCAAGAGCAAGACAAGCACUUAGUUUUAUUUUCAGACACAGAAGAAACCAAGAUGCCAACGGGGUACCAAGACCAUGCCUCCAGCCUAGCUUCGUGCUGCGGGAGAGCUGGGAGGAGAGGAGAGGGCGGGGCGGCCUGUUGUUUCUCAUCGAGGACCCUUGGAUCUUUUGUCAGUCGUGCCCAUGCCCAAUGGGCUUCGCCAGGCCAAAGUCACAGCCUUGGGAGUGGUUGUACACUAUCAGCCAUGCUUACUUGUUGACAAGUGAAAAAGAUCAGGGCGCACCCGGAAAAUAAGGAAAGUCCUGUUCUCCUUUAGAUAAACAAGGGACCUUUGUAAGAAUUGCUUCCUAGCAAUCAGCUUUUAUUUGCCUUAAUAUAAGCUUUUAAGCAGAUAUCUAUCUAAUGUUCACAACCCCUGUUCCUAACCCUAGUUCCAAAUCUUCAGCUUAAACUGCCAUCUAACAUUCCUGGGAUGUUUCUAGAAAGAAAGAAAGAAAAAAAAAAACCCUUUUCUAAUUGUCUUGUUCUAACCAUGGCUUAUUUUGUAGAGGUGUUUAUCAGGCACACUUUCAUGUUGGCUUUGGGUCUUUAACCACAAACUCAAUGAAAAAGAGAGAUGAGAAAUUCACAAAGAGGUGUGUGUGUGUGUGCGUGGUGUGUGCGUGCGUGCGUGUGCGUGCGUGUGCACAUGCACACUGCCUGCAUUUUAAUCCAUUUAGUAGUGGGCCACGUGGGUCAUGUGCUGCACUAUUGACUUGGUAUCUGACUCUGUCCAUCCCCAAAUUGCGAGGUUAACUGAUAGAGCGUCUUGGCGCAAAGUCUAGAGUGCUGAAUAGUUCAGAAAGAGCUUUCUAAAAAGGGAAAUGGUUUCCAAAGUGGGCUUUUCUUUCUUUCCCCUAAGCUUUCUUUCACUUCUCUCCUUUUCCUUCCUUGGAUAAUUCUUAAAAUUCAAACCAAGGUUCAUUAAGGAGCCAGAUGAACCAUUCACCCCAUGUACCGUGUGCCUCUUCUCAAUUGUUUUCUCAGCAGAUCUCAAUCCAUUUUGUCCUAGCGUUCAGAGUUUAAGGUUUGCUUAGCAAUCAGCAAAUCUAGACAACCUUUAAGGUUGUCUGUUACUUU